AUGGCGUCCCGGACGCCGAACCUUCACGGGGUUCGGCGGCCUGCGGCCCUAAACCGCCAGCCCCUUAUUGUUUCUCCCGUGCCCCUUGCCUAUCCCGUCCGCGUCGCCCUUGCGCCAAGGCCGCCGAUCCGGAUCGGGUUUGGCGCCCCGCGGAGGCGCGGCGUCGCGAUCCCAGUCGCGUCGCCGUCGCGCGAGGCGGUGAAAGAUCGAGGGGAGUGCACGGAGGACGGACGGGAAGGGACGUUCGUGUGGACGCGGCAGUGGUACCCGAUGGCGCCGCUGAAAUUGUUGGAGGACGCGCAGGGGGAGGGGUGCGAGUCUGGGCUGCCUGAGAUCCAGCGGAUGGCGAUCUUGGGGAGGGCCAUCGUGGUGUGGAAGGAUGUAGAGGGGCGGUGGCGGGCCGUGGAGGAUCGGUGCGCCCACCGGCUGGCGGCGCUGUCGCUGGGGAGCGUCCAGGAAGACGGCACGCUGGCAUGUCGCUAUCAUGGUUGGCGCUUCAACGGCCAUGGCGAGUGCACCCACAUCCCUCAGGCCACGGGCACCACUUCUGAGGCCAUUGCCUGCUCGAGCAGCCGCUCAAAGGUCACUGCAUUUCCCACACUUGAGGCGCAUGGCUUGCUGUGGGUGUGGCCCGACGAUGCCCCAACUUCCUGGGUGGAUUCUGUUCCAACUGAGCCCCCCGUUGCACAAGUGGUGGGGCAAGACUCUGACUGGAGCGUUGUGGACUUUCCUGUGAGCUACGCCAGUUGGAUGGAGAACACUCUUGACCCCUGUCACACAGACUACAUUCACCAUGGGCAAAACUCUUUUGGAGCUGCCUUCGGGCCCAGCAACGCAAUCACAAUCACCAACUUCGAACAGGCAGCAGCCACCAAAGCUCGUGCCGGCUUCACGCUGAGCCACAAUCCGAUCACCUCCAUCACGCAAGGCCGCAAUGUGACCCUGGAAUUCAAGCCGCCCACUCUGGUGACGGCAACCUCGGUGUUGAAGGGAGUGCUCACAAUCCACGUUGCACAAUAUCUGGUACCCAUGCGCCCUGGCUACUCAAGGAAUGUUUUCGCCACAAGUGUAGAAAUGGACAAAGGAGAUGCCCUCCAGGUGCUUCCAGUGGUUUUCGCCCUGGGGGCACCUGUCUUUGCUGCUCUCCUAAGGAAGCUGCCACCCAAGUUGUUUCCUGGUUUUCUUGGGACAAUGGUGCAACUCCUUGACGGGACACACAGCGUCUCCACGACCUUUGCAAGCCAAGACCUUGUGGUGCUCAACUCCCAGGAUGCUGAAUUCACCAGUACUGGCAGGGACUGGAGGCGCCGCUUCUACCUUCCCACGCGGUCGGAUGCUGGAGUGGUUGCAUUCCACAGGUGGAUGGAGGAAUUCGCCGGUGGGGGACCGCCUUGGUUUGGUGGGGUGGAGGAAAGGAAGGUUUUGCAGCGACUGCGCUACCACGAUCUGUUUGACAGGUGGAAGCUACACAGCAGCUGGUGUCCCACCUGCCGAAAGGCUCUCAAAUAUCUUGGGGCCAUUGACACCCUGCUGGCUGGGGUGGCGGCUGGCCUCCUGAGUGCGGCAGUGGUGCUAGUUGCCAGGGCGACAGCUCCGCAGCUGGCGACAGUAGCUGUUGUGUUGUCCAUUGCAGCGCUGCUGGCACGUUUUGAGGUUCAUAAACUCCGUGAUAGAUUCCUGACAGAACUCCCACCAGUCGGCCUUCCGGAAUUCUCUCUGAGGUGGCCUUCAUGA